AUGAGAGUCUUACAAUUAGCCCUCUUAGGAGCUGCAGCCGUUCUAGCACAAGAGCCCAGCGGCUCUCCUCUCGUCGAUGUUCCAGAUGAGAUCGCGAACGCGACGACGACCGCCAAAGACCUGCCCCCACCGACAGAAGGCAUCGUCGGUGCUGGAGUAUCGGGUGCAUCGUUCACUUCCGCUGCUGAUUCAAACUCCACCACUUCUGUGGACCCCGCUGCCAGCACCGCCGCUGAGGCUGGCACUGCCUCUGUAGUCACACCCUCCGGCAGUGAUCCUAGCGGCUCCGCAUCUGCAUCUGCAUCGGGUGCAGCGUCCCCGAUGGCUUCACUCGACAUGUUCACACUCGUUGGCCCGGCGAUGAUGAUCGUGGGAGCAGUUGGCGCAGGCUUCGCCGUGAUCUAG